CCUGUCAACUUCCUGUCAAUUUCUGCAGUUUUUGGGCACCAAAAAACCUAUGUUUGCGCCUAAACGCGCGAUGGAAUGGAAUGCAAAAUAAGCUGAUCUGCGAAACAAGUUGUCAUUUUGUGUUUCUAAAGUUUGGUAUUGACAAGGAAAUUUCAAAAUGGCGAUGGUAAAGCAUUUUGUUGUGAGGGAAACGCACACUCGGGGAAUCACAGCGCUUGGCUACAAUCCAAUCAAAAGAGAAAUUCUGAUAGGUUUUGAAGACGGCGCUAUCAAAACUCAAGAAUGCGACGGUGGGAAACUGGAGCGACUGCCUCACGAACACAGAGGCUGGAUAACCGACUUUUUGUUUUGGUCGGAUACAAAAAUCUUUCUCUCUGCAGCAAAUGAUGGGAUAAUUGUAGCAUGGAAUUCGGCAGGCAACACAGUUUUGGAUAGAAUACAUGUCAAGCAGCCUGUCUACUGCAUGGCAAUCAACCCAAGAAGGCAGCAACUGGUCUGUGGUGUGAAUGGAGGCAUCAUGGUAUUUGACUUGGAUGCUGAAAGAGACUGUGGCCAUGUUGUCGACUUACAAAAAGUCUAUGUCGCUAAAGAACACACAGAUAUCGUCAGGUGUCUAGUCUGCCACGAGUCGCGGGUUAUCUCAGGCGGCUAUGACCAAAAACUUAUCAUCUAUGAUUCCUCGUACACUGGUGACCGGAGUAUCAACCCGUUAUACGUCAACCACCAAGCCCAUGAUGCUGGUAUAUCUUGCCUCAUUCUUGCCAAAGACAAUGAAAAUAACACGUGGGUAGUCACAGGUUCCUUUGACAAGUGCGUAAAGAUUUGGUCGAUGGAUGGCAAACUCGUGCACCGUUUAGAGGGAUUCCUGACGACAGUCACCGGCGUCUGCUUCGUCCCAAGGAAUAAGACUAUCUGGGCUGUCGGUGGGACGUCGUAUGCACAACUAUUUGAUCCAAAGUCGGGCGACAAUGUCUCUGAUUUCAUUGGGACAUUCCAAAUUCAAGAAGAAGAGAAAUAUCAUCUUCAGGUGCUCAAAUAUCUGCCAGAGGUGAACCUGGUGGUCGGGUCUACGAGCAGACGUCAUCUCCUUGUUUGGAAAUACCAGUCGUCUGGCUGCGGUACUGCUCUCAAGUGCCGAUCAAACAUUGAAAGUCUCUGCUAUACGACGAAAGUUCCCCUGCUGAUCUUCAGCGGCGACCAUGAUGGCGUGAUCACCAAGUGGGAGAGAAUGCAGUCGAAUCAUUUCAUGUACAGUAAAGAAACAUUGGUGUACCACGACACCAAAAAGAAGAAAAAGUCAGUCGACCAGGGAGAUGGUGCAAAUGUGAGUGGGCAAAGCGAGGAGCAGGAGACCCACUAUAGUCUGGCUUCGACGAAAUCUCCUACUAGUCAUUAUGCCUUCAAUAAACCUUCUAUACCUCCGCAGUACGGAAGAAAAGAGGUGUCUACCCACAAUCACCCAAAUACCACCAUCUUGAAGAUCAAGUUCGUCGAAGAUUUGGAUUACAUCCUGGCGGCCUCAGAGGAUGGAAAUAUAUAUGUUUGGGGUUUUGACGAAACGGCUGUGCAGGUCCUGAAGAACAUGCGGCCGGCAGGAACAGAGCAGCUCAUACAGAAAUAUUCCAUCCUUCUUGACCACGAUUCGGAGCUACUGCCCCGCAAUCUAAAACAUGGCGACGAAGACUCCGUCACUAAUCGCGUCGCUGGCUUCAUCUGUAAACACGUCCUCAACGAACACGUGAACUGCGUCACGUGUCUGGAGGUCAUAGGUCGCGAACACGGCUAUGACAGGACAUACGUCCUCUCGGCGGGCUGGGACCGAAGAAUAUGCAUUUGGGAUUUAGAGAAAGGAAAACUCCAUGACAUAUUCCGAAACUCUUCCAACUCCACGCACUUGGAACACCGCGAGCUCGCCAGUGACGGCGUCAUUGUUGACAUGGCAUUUAACCCAGACAGGAAAGAGUUUGCGUAUUCCUCCAGUGAUAAGAUGGUGUACAUCAGGAAGUUCUCCCUGCGAGGUCCGGACAUGGUGAUGAUUAACACGCUCCAGGGACACGAGGGGGAGAUCACGUGCGUGCGGUGGAACAGGGUCAAGGGGAAAUGGGUGACUGGUUCAGAGGAUGGCACAAUCAGAAUUUGGGCCGGCAGUGGAAUGAACGAGUGUGAGCAGAUCCUUGCCACCCAGGGCCAGGUCUGCUCGAUGUGUAUUGACCUCAUCAAUGGCAGCAUUGUGGCAGGAGUCCAGGAGGUCAUCAGGGUGUACGACCCGGAGCAAUUCCGCCUCGUUCAGACAAACGUGGGCCACACGGAUGCCGUCCGCAGCAUUAUACACAUCCCGGAACGAAACCAGUACGUCUCGGCAUCUUGGGACCAGACGAUUCGAAUCUGGAAUGCCUGGCAAAUGCCGCGGAAGAAAAAACUAGCAAAUGAAGAAAAACCCAAGCAAAUGAAACGGACGUCAAUAUCAAGCGAGGUCGCAACAGACAGUCAAACGAAAUUGGAAUCGGACGCAAAUGAAACGGAAAAAGUUCUCGGGGACGGGGUUGAUACAGUUCCGGAAGAGCCAGAGGGGGUGGCGCUGGCUGAGGAAGAAUAAGCACCACCUUUGGGGCUCUUGUGGAACUGAUUAUAUCAAUAAAGUGUGCUUGUUUCUGAAUCUGAUGAGGCUGGUGUUUUGCUAUGAUUCCUCUUUGCAAAAUUAUGAUUGUAAUAUAGCAUAAUUUCCUGCGUUUAACUGUCUUGUUUACUUCUAGAUUUCGUUAUUUUGGAUGGUAAACUGUUCUUAUUGUAGAUGUUUACAUGGUUUAUUUUGUAAAAUUGCUGCUUUUGAAACUGUUUACUAGAUUUCUAUAUUUGGUAAGUUUAUAGUCGUACAUCCACCUAUCAAAUCCCCGUGUCUUUUGCGCUUACACCUAUGAAUUGCCGUGUCUAAAUAGACCCGUGUGUCAAAUCCCUGUGUCUAUUAGCCCCAUCGAGCUCGAUGGGGCUAAUCGGGGGCUAAUUUAGACCCGUGUUCAACACGGGUUUUUUGAUAGGUGGAAUCUGAAUAGCCCCGGCAAUUGCAAGUUCUAAGAUCCGGCGACAGAUGGCGUGGUGUAGUUGCCUCGGUAUUGCGCAUGCGAAAUCCCCCUCCGACGGGAAAGAAACACAGGAGAGCUCCCUACCUACAGCGCACCUGUCGCCGGGGCUAUUUACCAUUAUCUUACACCACUGAUAGGUGUAAGUGCGCCCCGGGUUUUUUGACACACGGCCAAGACACGGGUCUUGAAAAAACACGGGGGUUUUAUGAGGGUGGAACUACGACUACUGUCAGUUAUUGCUCAGGUUAAACUUUGGCUGACAAGGCCUAUAUCUCCGUCCAUAAAGCGACAAAAUGGUCAGCUUUGAUAAAUUGAGAAUUGAGAUUAUCCUGUAUAUCUUUACUUAACCCUUUUGCUGCGGGUUACGUGCAUAGCACAUCAUGUAGACAGCCCUAUGACUGCACGUCAUGCCCUACAAACAUGUUGAUUCAUCAGCAUUUGGUUUCACGAUAACAUACAUGUACUUCUGGUAUCAUCUUCACUUUUCUCGUAGACUUGUUGUUUUUGGGGGGAAAUCACUUGUUAUUUUUCUGCACAAUCUGCCUUCUAGUAUAUGAAGCUGAGAUAAAUCAACAAUUUGGUGCAAAAUACUGAAAAAAAAAAAAAAAAGUCAGCAGCUCAGAAACUGAGAAAGAAAGCACUGUUAAUCCAUUUAUUUUCUCAAGCCUAAUAGUUUUCUGAUGUAAUGAUAUAGUCAUUGGAAUACUUAUCCAUUUGCGGAAUUAAAUAGAAGCGAUACAUGUAAAGGAUACUUUCACUAAAAUUCAGGGCUGGAAAAAUAAAGGGGUUAACAGUACAGUCUAGGUUUUCCAAACCAACUCUCAGGCAAAAUAAUGCACAAAUAAAACAAAUGAGUGAAAGUUGUAAAGAGAGAAAUGUUUAUAAUAGAUAAUUGUUUCAUUUUUGUAAAUAUCAUGGUAAUAUGUACAGAUGUUUUAUUUAUUUCGUAAUAAAUAGGGGUA